AUGGGCUUCCGCAUUGCUAUUGACCGUGGUGGAACCUUCACCGACUGUGUUGGUAAUCCUGGCACUGGGAAACAAGAAGAUGAUGUGAUAUUGAAAUUACUUUCUGUUGAUCCAGCAAAUUACCCAGAUGCUCCUUUGGAGGGAAUCCGUCGUUUGCUUGAAAAGUUAACUGGAGAAAAAAUUCCUAGAGGCCAGCCUUUGGACACUUCCAACAUUGAGUACCUUCGCAUGGGUACCACAGUUGCAACCAAUGCCUUGUUAGAAAGGAAAGGUGAGAGAUGCGCCCUUGUGACCACCAAAGGCUUUAAAGAUGUCUUGGCCAUCGGAAACCAAUCCAGACCACAUAUUUUCGAUUUGUCCAUUUCAAAGCCAGAGGUCUUGUAUGAGACAGUGGUGGAAAUUGAUGAGAGAGUUACUCUCGAGGAUUUCGUUGAGGAUCCAGAGCAAAGCAUUUCCCAGCCCAAUGGCACCGACUUAGUUCUGGGAUUGUCUAGUGAGGUUGUGAGAAUUCUCAAGAAACCUGAUGUUGACAGCAUACGUUCCAGCUUGCAAGUUUUGUAUGCUACAGGCAUCAGAUCCAUUGCAGUGUGCUUGAUGCAUGCUUACACUUAUCCAGAGCAUGAGAGAAUUGUGGGAGACAUUGCCAAAGAAAUAGGAUUUACCCACAUCUCGCUUUCAUCUAGCUUGUCCCCAAUGAUAAAGUUUGUUGCUCGUGCGAACUCGUCCAUUGUUGAUGCCUAUUUGACUCCAGAAAUUAGGAAAUACUUGUCAAGUUUCGAAUCCGGUUUGAAGGAUGGAUACUUGGGCAAAGCCAAGUCCAAAGGUGUCAGAUGUCAUUUUAUGCAAUCAGAUGGAGGAUUGGUGGACGCAUCAUCAUUUUCUGGACUUCGUGCAAUUCUUUCAGGUCCUGCUGGUGGAGUGGUAGGAUAUUCUGCCACAUGCUACAAUCCAAAGAAUGAGGUUCCUCUUAUUGGCUUUGAUAUGGGAGGAACCUCGACCGACGUGUCUAGAUACGGCGAAGGUAAGUUUCACCACGUGUUUGAGACCGUCACUGCCGGUGUAACUAUCCAGUCUCCACAAUUAGAUAUUAAUACUGUUGCUGCUGGAGGUGGAUCCAUAUUGUCCUACAGAAAUGGUCUAUUCUACGUUGGUCCUGAGUCUGCGACUUCUGAGCCGGGUCCAGCAUGUUACAGAAAAGGUGGACCUUUGACAGUGACCGAUGCCAACUUAUUUUUGGGCAGAUUGUUGCCCGAGUACUUUCCUAAGAUCUUUGGUCCCAAUGAGGACGAAGGUUUGGAUCUCGAAGCUACCACUGCGAAGUUUAUUGAGUUAACCGAAGAAAUUAACAAGUCAAAUGACAAAAUGGAUCCCAUGACUCCAGAGCAGGUUGCAUUUGGAUUCAUCAAGGUUGCUAACGAAACAAUGGCCAGACCAAUUCGUCAAUUGGCCGAAGCCAAAGGCCAUGUCACAUCUGCUCACAGAUUGGUUUCGUUCGGAGGUGCUGGAGGCCAGCAUGCUGUUGCAAUUGCUGAGUCUUUGGGCAUCAACACUGUUUUGAUACACAGAUACUCAUCUGUGUUGUCUGCGUAUGGUAUGGCUUUAGCUGACGUUGUGGAAGACGUCCAAGAACCCUCAGCUGUUGCUCUCGAAGAGUCAACAAGACCACAUCUUGAACAGAGAUUAGCUUCUCUUAAGGCAGAAGCUCGAUCCAAGUUGAAAGCUCAAGACUUUAAGGAUGAAGAUAUUGUCUUUGAGGAAUACUUAAACAUGAGAUUCAAAGGUACGGAAUCCGCUAUCAUGGUUCAUAAGGGCAAAGACUGGAACUUCAAAGAAAACUUCUGCCAGAUGCACAAGCGUGAAUUUGGUUUUGUCUUCGAUAAGGAGAUCGUUGUUGACGACGUUCGCGUUAGAGGUAUUGGCAAGUCCCAUGUGGAGAAUGAGACCUCUAUUGAUGAUCAGAUCGAGAAUCUAAAAAGCAACAAUUUGAUCCUGGCCACCAGUAAGGACCGAGUCAAGUUCUCCAAGGAUGUAUAUUUCCAGAAUGGAAUGGUAGUCACUCCAGUGUUCAGAUUGGAAGACUUGAAGAUUGGAACAAGAGUGGAUGGCCCUGCCAUCAUUGCUGAUGGAACCCAGACAAAUGUGAUUCCUCCUUUGGCGUCGGCUUUGCUCCUCAAAAGUCAUUUGGUUGUAACUGUGAAGCCCACAGAGAAGAAGUUGGAAUCUAUGCCAAGGUCAGAAUCUUCCAAAAUUGACAACACACCCGUUGAUCCUGUGCUAUUGUCAAUCUUUGGCCACCGUUUUAUGGAUAUUGCAGAGCAGAUGGGUACAUCGCUUCAAAAAACAAGCGUUUCUGUUAAUGUCAAAGAAAGAUUGGAUUUCUCAUGUGCACUUUUCGAUGCUGAAGGUAAUUUGGUUGCCAAUGCUCCUCAUGUCCCAGUGCACCUUGGGUCCAUGUCAACUUGUAUCACAUUCCAGGCAAAUCUCUGGAAAGGCAAGUUAAAACCCGGAGAUGUCAUUGUCACCAACCAUCCCUCUGCGGGUGGAACUCAUUUACCAGACAUCACAGUAAUCUCUCCUGCCUUUGCAGGCGACAAAAUCAUAUUUUAUGUUGCAUCUAGAGCUCACCAUUCUGAUAUUGGAGGUCUCUUGCCAGGAUCCAUGCCUCCAAGUUCCAAAUUUUUGAUUCAAGAAGGCGCCUCCAUCCAUUCCGAGUUGCUCGUUCUGGGAGGAGUGUUCCAGGAGGAGAGAAUCACCCAAUUGUUGUUGGUGGAGCCAGCAAAGGAGCCUGGCUGUUCUGGAACCAGAAGAUUGAGCGAUAACAUCUCCGACUUGAAAGCACAGGUUGCUGCUAACCAAAAGGGAACUUUGUUGAUUGAGAAGUUGGUGCUGGAGUUUGGCUUGCCUACUAUUUCGAAGUACAUGACUGCAAUUCAAGACAAUGCUGCAUCUACCGUCCAGAAGAUGUUGAACAAUGUCAUGGAGAGAUUCGGCAACGAAUUGGGGUGCGUUGACUACAUGGAUGAUGGAUCUAAGAUUGCUUUGAAGAUCAAAUCUGGAGAUGACGGUAAGGUCAUUUUUGACUUCACCGGAACAAGCAUGCAAGCAUACACCAAUAGCAAUGCUCCCAUGGCUAUUACAUACUCGGCAAUUAUCUACUGUUUGAGAUGUUUGGUGGAUGAAGACAUUCCACUCAACCAGGGCUGUUUGAGGCCAAUUAAGGUGAUAAUUCCAGAAUCGUCUCUCCUCAACCCUGACGAAGGAUGUGCUGUUGUUGCUGGAAAUGUCUGCACGUCUCAAGUGAUCACUGGAGUUAUACUCAGUGCUUUCCGUGCAUCUGCUAACUCUCAAUCUUGUUGUAACAACUUCACAUUCGGAGUGGGUGGAAAUGACGAAAAUGGAAACUACGUCCAAGGUUUUGGAUACUACGAGACAAUUGCUGGAGGCCAUGGAGCGGGACCAACGUGGAAUGGAGUUGAUGGUGUUCAGACCAACAUGACCAAUACUAGAAUUACAGAUGCAGAGAUCUUUGAAAAGAGAUAUCCAGUGAUUCUUCGUGAAUUCUCUAUAAGAGAGAAUUCUGGUGGUAAUGGUGCUUACAAAGGAGGCUGCGGAGUUGUUAGAGACAUCGAGUUUAGGGUGCCGGUCUCGGCCUCAAUUUUGUCAGAGAGAAGAGUUGUUCCUCCCCAUGGACUCGAGGGUGGUGAAGAUGGGGAACGUGGGUUGAACGUCUGGGUCAGAGUACUUAGAGAUGACAAAGGGAAUGUCAUUGGCAGGAGAAAGGUCAAUGUUGGAGGUAAGGGAACUGUUCAAGCACGGGCCGGUGAUCGGUUUAUUAUCAACAGUCCAGGAGGAGGUGGAUAUGGAGCUGCUAAAGAUAAUACUCUUCCAAGCAGGGUGAAGACUCAUCAUGGUGACAAAUUUGCUGGAACAGGGUCUAUUUCUGGAAGAAUGACCGCUCAAUUGACGAACUAG